GGGGAAUUUCGAGUAGAAGGACUGGGCGGCAGGCCGGUAGCUGGUGGCCUUGUCAGGUGCGACCAUGGAGACCCUGGCCGAGCCAAGGUGGCCUCCGGGGCUGUCGAUGAUGAAGACAAUAGAUGAUUUGCUACGCUGUGGGAUUUGCUUCGAGUAUUUCAACAUUGCAGUGAUAAUUCCCCAGUGCUCUCAUAACUAUUGUUCUCUCUGUAUAAGAAAAUUUUUGUCCUAUAAAACUCAGUGCCCAACUUGUUGUGUGGCAGUAACAGAACCAGACCUGAGAAAUAAUCGUCUUUUAGAUGAACUGGUAAAAAGCAUGAAUUUUGCACGGACUCGCCUGUUGCAGUUUGCUUUAGAGUCACCACCCAUAUCUCCUGUGUCUUCCACCUCAAAGAAAGUUGUUGCUAAAGUGCAUAAUGCUGAAGCCACCAAACACCCUGUCAAACAGGGGAGCAGGCUGAUGGACAAGUUCCUGAUAAGAGAGACGGGGGGAAAAGAAAAUGACAGGAAGUAUAGCCCUCAAAAAGAGAUAAGCACCUCUACUGAGGCUAAAGAGACAAGUCUCGAGGGAAAGACAGUACUUGGUCCCUCGGAUGCUAAUGGACCUGUGACACCCUCUACAUCCACCAUGAAACUGGAAAAUAAAGUGUCUUGUCCCGUUUGUGAGGUCAGCAUUUCAGAAAAUCACAUCAAUAAGCAUUUAGACAGUUGCUUGACACGUGGAGAGAAGAAAGAGAGUCUUCGAAGUUCUGCUCACAAAAGGAAGCCACUGCCAAAAACAGUGUAUAAUUUGCUCUCUGAUCGUGAUUUAAAGAAAAAGUUGAAACAGUAUGGCUUAUCCAUUCAAGGAAACAAGCAGCAGCUUAUUAAAAGGCACCAAGAAUUUGUACACAUGUAUAAUUCCCAAUGUGAUGCUUUGCAUCCUAAAUCAGCUGCUGAAAUAGUCCAAGAAAUUGAAAACAUGGAGAAGACCAGGAUGCGCCUUGAAGCAAGUAAACUCAAUGAAAAUGUCAUGGUUUUUACAAAGGACCAGACAGAGAAGGAGAUAGAUGAAAUUCACAGUAAAUAUCGUAAAAGGCAUAAGAGUGAGUUCCAGCUUCUAGUGAAUCAGGCCAAAAAAGGAUACAAGAAAGCUGGCAGAAUGUCAAAAGCUACAGUAAUGAGAAGAGAUGGACCUGCAGAGAAACUGCCAUCUGCCAUCAUGGGACAAGAAGAUAAUAUAAACUUUUCGGAUACAGUCUCAGUAACAAACCACUUUCCUCAGUCGAAACUGGACUCCCCAGUGCAGCCGGAGCCUGAGAGACCAGAUGAUUCUUCCAGUUGUACUGAUAUUCUUCUCUCCUCAGAGUCAGAUUCCUGCAAUAGUUCCAGUUCGGACAUCAUAAGAGACCUUCUGGAAGAAGAGGAAGCUUGGGAAGCAUCUCACAGAAAUGAUCAGAACAGAGAAAUAAACCCACAACAGAAUCACCGCAUGAGAGCCACCGAAAGUGCCGAGACAGAGCCAAGAAACAAGCGGAAUAGGAAUUAGUAUGGGCUUUCGCCAGCUUUUCCAUACAGUGACCAGAAUAUAGUUUUUAUUGCCAUGUUUAGCAAUGCCCAAUGACAAUGUUUAAUUAUAAUUGUAAUAGUUAAUUUAUUAUUUCAUUCUUCUUUGCCUUUCUAGAAAAGAAAACAAAAAAAAAGUUAUAAAAUGA